AUGAGACCGAUUCAGUCUCUUCCUGGAGUAGUAUCAUCUUCACCGAUGAAGAACCGCCUCCGCAAACGUCCUGACCUCAGCUUACCACUCCCUCAACGCGACGUGGCUCUCGCUGUCCCUCUCCCUCUCCCUCCUCCUUCCUCCUCUGCUCCCGCCUCCUCCUCCUCCGCGACCUCCACCAACAUCUCCGCCGCCAAAAGCCUAUCCGAGCUAGAGCGCGUGAACCGAAUCGGAAGCGGCGCCGGAGGAACAGUCUACAAAGUGAUCCACCGUCAAACUUCACGCCUCUUCGCUCUCAAGGUGAUCUACGGGAACCACGACGACAACGUGAGGCGUCAGAUCUGUAGAGAGAUCGAGAUCCUGCGAAGUGUUGACCACCCCAACGUGGUGAAAUGUCACGACAUGUUUGAUCACAACGGCGAGGUCCAGGUCUUGCUUGAGUUCAUGGACGGAGGGUCUCUCGAAGGCAGGCACGUGCCUCAAGAACAUGAACUCUCCCAUCUCUCGCGCCAGAUUCUCAGCGGGUUAGCUUAUCUCCACCGCCGUCACAUCGUCCACCGCGACAUCAAACCGUCGAAUCUUUUGAUCAACUCAGCCAAGAACGUCAAGAUUGCUGAUUUCGGAGUGAGUCGGAUCUUGGCGCAGACCAUGGAUCCUUGUAACUCAUCUGUCGGAACCAUUGCUUACAUGAGUCCUGAGAGGAUUAACACCGAUCUGAAUCACGGUCGUUACGACGGUUACGCGGGAGAUGUCUGGAGUCUUGGUGUUAGCAUCUUGGAGUUUUACUUGGGGAGGUUCCCUUUCGCUGUGAGUAGACAAGGUGAUUGGGCGAGUUUAAUGGUAGCUAUUUGUAUGUCUCAGCCGCCGGAAGCUCCCGUGACGGCGUCUCAGGAGUUUCGUCACUUCAUCUCUUGUUGCUUGCAGAGUGAUCCUCCUAAGAGAUGGUCUGCUCAGCAGCUUUUGCAGCAUCCUUUUAUUCUCAAAUCAAGUGGUGGUCCGAAUCUCCGACAAAUGUUGCCACCGCCUCGUCCUUUACAGUCGUCUUCUUUUUCUCCGGCGUCCUAG